AUGCCACAACAACUCGUUGAUCUUCCUCACGAACUGAUUCUUCACAUGAUGGAAUUUGUCAUCAUUACCGAUAAUAGAACGAUACGAUUCGAGUCAAAUAUUAAAAAUUUAUGUAAUUUUGAAUUAAUUUCCAAGCAAUUAAAGGUUCGGGAAUAUUUGGAGAAAUAUUGGAAGAUGGUCUUGUAUCAAUUUAUUCAUAUUAGAUUGGAAAUUAAUGAGGAUGGAAAGGAGAUGAUUCAACCAAUCAAUCCUUGGGAUGUUUGGAAGAAAAAAGAUCAAACAUUACAGGAAUUUGUGGAGAGGAAGAGGUCGUUUAAGAGAAGUUUUGCAAUUUUGAAUGAAAUGGAAAGGAGAAACUAUUUGAAUACCAAUAAGGCUAAUUUUAAACUUUGCAUAACUGGACCUGGUGGAUCAGGAAUUCAUAGUUUCAUUCAUAGAUAUUUAAAUGAUGUAUUUUAUGAUCAAUAUGAUUAUUCAAUAGAUGACAUAUUUUACAAAACUAUCCUAUUUAAUGAGAGAAAAGUUGAAUUAGAAAUUUGGGAGACUGGUUUUAGGAGUACUGAUUAUUACUUGUUCCUGGAAUCAAAACUAAAAGGAGCAAGGGGAUAUAUUGUGCUUUUACCGAUACACGCAGAUGUUGACAAGUAUGGGGUUUUUGAAAGAAUUAUUAAAUCUAUUGUAUACAUGCAUGAUGACGAAUCAGUACCAUUAUUAAUAGGUAUCACUCAAAUUGAUAAGUUGGAGACCAAUAGCUCACUAAAUUUGGAUCAAGUUAAACAAAAAGUUACUGAUAUAAUGAAUGUGUACUCGUGUUUAGAUUUUGAAAUUGUUGAAACAAGUUCCAAGAGUAAUAUUAAUAUUCAUACAGUCAUAGAAAAAGCCCUUCUAAAAGGAUAUUUCUUCGAAGGAUCCAAAUAUUGCAAUAGAAGAUUAUUAUGGAGAGGGUUAUAA